AUGGGUUGGCGAAAGCCCUUCGGUAAUCGCUCUGCGGCGACCGCUCCCGCGUCGAACGGUCAGAUCGAGCAGAUCUCCAACGGUAACGUGCAGUACGUUGGCGAGAAAGGCGGCAAUGAUGCGCCGCCGACCUAUCAGGAUGCUUCUGGAGCUCCCGUCGAGAACAAUUCCCCGUUGGGAUACUCCGUCGGCCCGGUCACGAUUACCCUGCUGAACAUCACGAUGAUGAUUGGUGCUGGAAUCUACUCAACUCCUGCUUCUAUCCUGGUGGGAACUGGCUCCGUUGGGGUCAGUUUCGUUUAUUGGACUUUGGGUUACCUGUUAUGCAUGGCAUCUGGAGCCGUCUAUCUCGAGUUCACUGCGUACUUUCCUAGUCGAUCCGGUUCCGAAGUCGUCUUCCUCGAACAAGCCUAUCCUCGUCCCAUGUGGCUCUUCCCAACAACAUUCGCCGUCCAGAGUGUUAUUCUUUCAUUCGGCAGUGCCAAUGCUACGGUCAUGGCGAACUACUUGAUUGCCAUCUCGGGACAUUCGGGCACUGAUUGGCAGAUCAAAGGCACUGCUUUAGCAUGCUACACACUAGCAACCCUGACUCUCGUAUUCAAUACCAAAUAUGCCUACUGGUUUUCCAAUGGCGUCGGUCUAGUCAAGAUUUUCACCUUGCUCUUCGUCAUUAUCACCGGAUUCGUGGUGUUGGGCGGCAACACCAAGGUAGAGAAUCCCACUGCCAACUUUAAAGACGCAUGGUCUGGUAGCUCAUCAGCAACUGCGUACGGGCUUACUACCGCGUUGUACCGCAUCAUAUUCUCGUACGGUGGUUACAACAACGCCUUCAACGUGGCAAACGAGGUCAAGAAUCCCGUCCGUUCCCUCAAGAUCUACGCAACUGCUGCAUUGACGACCGUCUACAUUCUUUACAUGUUCGCCAACGUCGCCUUCUUCGCUGCUGUUCCGAGAGAAGAGUUUGAAAACUCUGGACUCACCGUUGCCAGUUUGUUCUUCACGGCGGUGUUUGGCAACACUGGAGCCGUCCGCGGUCUCAACUUUCUGAUCGCCUUGGCAUCUUUCGGCAACAUGAUUGCUGUUAUCAUUGGCUUAUCUAGACGCAUCAGAGAGUGUGGACGCCAAGGAGUACUGCCAUGGACAAGGUUCUGGGUUUCUACUAAACCGUUUGGGACGCCUCUGGGGCCGUAUGCGGUUAUCUGGUCCCUCACUGCUCUGAUGAUUCUUGCGGUUCCUGCUGGAGAUGCCUUCACCUUCGUGAACGAUCUUGCCAUCUUCCCUCAAGCUGCCUUCAAUUUGGCAAUGGCUGUGGGAAUCUACAUUGUCCGCUGGCGACGAAGCAAACUCAACCUUCCCCAGCCUGAGUUCAGGGCGUGGCAUGUGGUGAUCAUCUUCAACAUCUGCAUUCAACUCUAUCUUCUGAUCAUGCCCUGGUAUCCUCCGGCGGGUGGGCAAUAUGCUGGUGAUGUCAGUUUCUGGUAUGCCACUUACGCCGUGACGGGUGUCGGAAUUCUUCUUGCUUGCGGGGCGUACUACGGUCUUUGGGCCUUCCUUAUUCCAAAGUGGAGGCACUACCAGCUUCGUCAAGAGCUCAUCAGCUUCGAAGACGGCGCGCAGAGUAACCAACUUCGGAAGGUGCCUUAUGACCAAAUCGCCGAGUGGGACGCCACGCAUGAUGCAGUCGGACGUUUGAUCAGCGCCUCCGGCAGCGAGGUUCGGGUUCAAGAAAAGGGUCUGCGAACUUCCUCGGAAGGAAGCAGCUCAGAUGCUGGAAAACAAGUUCCGAGCACCGUCAAAGAGAAUAGCUACGCUUAA